AUGUCAUUUUCCGGACCGCCAUUAGAACCCCUGAGUGGGAACCCCUCCAUAUGGCAAUGGAUCUUCGAAGGCGAUGAGCUCAUGUUAGGCCAAUCUACUUCAGCGGAUCCAGCACUAUCACAAACUCGCGGAUUCCAUGAUAGCGCCACAGGCGAAUUCCUCUCAUUUCAUGACCUCAAGUCCAUUGCAAUCGUCGUCUCGACAAUUCUUCACCAAGAAUAUGAUGUCAGACCAGGGCAGAAGAUCGCCAUCAUUGGACAGAACUCUAUCUGGUAUCCUGUUGCGAUGCUAGCUGCGAGUCGGCUGGGUGCUGUAGUGACACUAUUACCGCCUGGAUCAAUGAAGGAUGAUCUGGUCUAUCUCCUUGGAACGUCAAAGGCGGCGCUGGUGUUUACUGACGAGGGUGCCGUUUGUGAAGUCACGGCCGCUUGCAAAACGAUCGGAAUACAAGCAAAGAAUGUGUUAAGACUAGAUGGAUCUGUGGGUGAGGCAAACAGCCUCCAGAAUCUCCGGCAGCGAGGAGAAUCACUCUACCCUUCGUCAUACACCGAAUCGUGGGGACCGAAAUACAAUGAGGCUUCGCCAUGUGCAUUUCUUUCUUGGAGCUCUGGCACAACCGGAAAGCCUAAAGCUGUCCAGAUAUCUCACGCCAACGUCAUCAGUCAACUCCGUCAGGUCAGCGCACUCACUCCGCCCAACCAAAGGCGGACAGUACUGGGCGUUCUGCCCUUUUAUCACAUCACCGGUCUGGUCCAUUUACUUCAUCUGCCUUUUGUUCUCGAGCAGCAAAUGGUUAUCAUGGCCAAGUUCGAUAUGAAGCAGAUGAUGGAGACCAUCGUGAGAUUCAAGUGCGAUGAGCUGUGGCUUGUGCCUCCUCUGUUGAUCCGCUUGUUGAACGACAAAGCGGCCCAGGGAUACGACUUAUCAUUUGUCAAACAAUUUAACACAGGCGCAGCCCCAUUAGCUGAUCAAGUGAUCGCACAACUUGCGAGAAAGUUCCCGAAUAUUGCUGUAAGACAAGCCUGGGGUAUGACAGAGACGACUUCCUGUUUGACGGUGACUCCGCCGGAUUUGAGCACCUGGAAUAAUGCCUCAAAGGUCGGCAAGUUGGUUCCAGGUACCCAAAUACGCGCUGUAGAUCCUGAUACAAGAGAGGAUGUACCAGCUGGGAGUGUUGGAGAGAUAUGGGCGAAGGGCCCCCAAGUUACGAUGGGUUACCUGGAUCGUCCUGAAGAAACUGCAGAAUCAUAUCUAGAAGAUGGCUACUUCAAGACCGGUGACCUUGGUUCCAUCGACGACGAAGGAUUCAUCACGAUCCAUGAUCGGAUCAAAGAGAUGAUUAAGGUACGAGGACAUGCAGUGGCUCCAGCUGAGCUCGAGGACCUGCUUCAUGGGCAUCCCAAAGUCAAAGACGCUGCCGUAAUUGGCAUCCCUGAUGAUUACUCUGGCGAGACGCCUAGAGCCUUUGUGGUGCUUGCAAGUGGAGUCCAAGGUGGACCGGGGGUCGUGAGAGAGUUACAAGAGUUUGUUGUGGCGAGGAAGGCGAAGCACAAGCGGUUGAGUGGUGGUGUUGAGGUCAUGGAUCAGAUUCCAAAGAGUCCUUCUGGCAAGAUUCUCCGUCGUGUGUUGAAGGCGUCAUGGAAAGAAAAGACGGAGUCGCAGAGAGCGAAGCUGUAG